GUUCGAGGCAGGGCGUGUACACAACACACAAUCCCAUACCGUCUGGUUCACUGUGGCUUGUAUACAUACCGCCACCAUACCGUGAACGCAAGCAAGCCUUUAUGUGUUGUCCUCGUCUCGCGUGUCGUGUCAAGAAAAAGAUGAGAAUGAUUGUGAACGUCAAGAAGUGCUCGCGAUGAUCAGAGAAGUUUUUUCGUCAGCUAUGUGCUCCAUCCGCUGGGAAUUCAUCUGUUCUAAAUAGCGUUCGUCACCAGUGUUUUGUUUACCUCUGGAGAACAGCUGGAGAAAUUGUCUACGCGGCACAAAAUACCCUGCUUACGACAAAGGGGUAAAAUCCCCACAAGUGAACGGAGAGAAAAGGGAGUGAACCUUGAACGAGUGCUGUAUACACAGAAGGACACAGCGCCAUGGCUGUGGACAAGGCAGCAACCCGUCAGAUGCUGACGAUUACGCUUCUCUGCAUCCUGUGGUAUGUAGUGUCCAGCAGCAAUAACGUCAUCGGCAAGAUGAUCCUGAGCGAGUUCCCGUAUCCGAUGACGGUGACCAUGGUGCAGCUGACCAGCAUAACACUGUACAGCGGGCCGUUCUUCAAUCUGUGGGGCGUUCGGAAGUAUGUGGACAUCUCGUGGCGAUAUUAUCUGCAGUUUAUCGUCCCGCUUGCGCUGGGAAAGUUCCUCGCCUCGGUUACCUCGCACAUUUCCAUCUGGAAGGUGCCUGUAUCCUAUGCACAUACAGUGAAAGCCACCAUGCCGCUAUUCACCGUGAUCCUGUCGCGCAUCAUCAUGCGCGAGCGGCAAACCAAGGCAGUAUACCUAAGCUUAGUUCCGAUCAUCGUGGGCGUUGGAAUUGCCACCCUGACCGAGCUUUCCUUCGACAUGAUUGGACUGAUCAGUGCACUGCUCGCCACAAUGGGUUUCUCGCUGCAAAACAUCUUCUCCAAGAAGGUCCUCAAAGAGACCGGGGUGCAUCAUCUGCGAUUGCUGCACAUACUUGGGCGGCUAGCGCUGUUUAUGUUCCUGCCGGUGUGGUUCUUUUUCGAUCUGUUUAGUGUCAUCAAACAUCCGGCUAUCACUACCGGUGAUUAUCGGAUAAUCGCGCUGCUAUUCACUGACGGAGUCCUGAAUUGGUUGCAAAACAUUCUCGCCUUCAGCGUGCUGUCGAUUGUGACUCCACUAACGUACGCUGUGGCCAGCGCCAGCAAGCGGAUCUUCGUGAUCGCGAUAUCAUUGUUCAUCCUGGGCAAUCCCGUGACUUGGGUCAACAUCUUCGGUAUGCUGGUGGCCAUCAUGGGCGUUUUGUGUUACAAUAGGGCUAAAUACUUUUCCCGACGGCAACAGCCGAAACAGACGAUCCUCCCGUACGCGGCGAGCAACAACAACAUCAAAUACAAACCCUUGGAGGAUAGUACCCUCCUUAAUGGAAAUGGCCACUAUAGCCACCCCGGCAUAAAUGGUCUCAGCAAUGGAGGACUGCCCAACGGAGGUGCGGCUGGUUACUUCCAAAAUGGCAGACCCACCUUCAACAACAACAGCAGCAGUGAUGCCAGCAGUAACAGUGCCACCAAUUUGCUACUCAGCAACAGCAAUAUUACGACUACGACGAUAGCCAACACCGGAGGCAAGUUGAUGUUUGUCUGAGGGCCGGAAGAGAGUGACUAGAAAUGUGUUGAUAUAGGUAGAUUCACGGUUCGUUUUUUUGUUUUGUUAUUGUACAGUUGACUUUAGUGCUAAACAAAUUUAUUGACUAGAAUAGUUUAAAACUAUGUAUCUUCUUCUUCGUGUGUGGGAGACACAGCCAAAAACGCUUAUUGACGGAAGAUUUAUUUAUUAUCCUUACGUUUAAAAAAAACAGUCCUUUGUCCUAUGCCUUGCAUAAUUACACGUAAUUUCUAGCAGCAGUAUUCAUCCGAUGCAGAGAACCGAUAUUCUAUAAACUUGACGAACGGUACUAUCAGAAAGCAAAACAACAGAUUGCAGUGAUAUAAAAGUAUAUAAACCGGACUAGAGCAUGUAUGCAGAAGAAUACCUAAUAAAGGCUAUUUAUAAAUUAUGGAA